AUAAAGAGGAGAAGAAAAACAGGCAGACACACAGUCUUUAUUGAGUUUUCUAGUGGCUUUCUGUCUCACUCAUCUCAAGUAACUCAAUCCAAGAAAGAGACACCACUAAUAGAAUAAGCCAUUUCCAAAGAAGACCAAAGACUUAAUUGGGCCAAAAAAAAAGAAGCAAUCUUUACCAGUUACAAUUAUGAUCAAACAGCUCACGUCUUCACCAACCGCCUUCAUAUGACAAUUCUAACAACAAUUACUUCUCGAUCUCAAACUAGUUGUGAUCGCGAAUUCAAUUUUGAAUCGAAAAGAUAAAGAUAGAUAAGAUACCUUUGAUUUUGAUUGCCUUCAUGUGUAAAUCCAAGAAGAAAUUAACCACUCAAGUUAUGGAACCGAAACAGAAACCAAGAAGAUCUUCUUCUUCACAAUCACCUGCGGCUGCAAAAAAGUUGUCGUCUUUGAAUGAUCAUGAUCAUCAGUUGUCGUUAUCUACAAGCCAGAAUUUGAUAUCCCCAAAUGGUUCAACAGAGAGUUUCAUACUCAAUUUGAAAAACUCACAAUCAUGGGCUUCGUCAAAAUCAAGUCAUCACUCAUUAACAAGCCUUAAAGGAGUACUAUUUCCAGAACAACCUCAUAUAUACAAUUUCACAGAAAUUCGUUCAGCUACCCAGAAUUUCUUAAAGGAUCCAUUUUCGUCUUCAUCUACAUCGACUUCGUGGCGUUGUGUUCUUCGUGGUCAAGAGAUGGUUGUAAUACAGAGAAAAUUCCGACGACCUAUGGAAACUGAUGAGCUUGUGGAUCAAGUAGCAAUGAUUUGCAGAAGUCACCAUUCUAGCUUAAUUCCACUAAAAGGAGCUUCAGUUUCUGGAAAUUAUAUAUAUUUGGUGUAUGAAUAUACACAAGGAGUUAAUCUAUCGGAAGCUUUGAGGAAUCGAAGAAACCCUAAUUUUACUGUUCUUUCGAAUUGGAUAUCAAGGAUUCAAAUUGCUUCGGAUAUAGCUCAUGGUUUGGAUUACAUUCAUCAUUCAACUGGGUUAGGUUUAGGAUUUGUACAUAAUCACAUCAAAAGCACAAGUAUUAUUGUUACUGAACCUUCGUUUCAUGCGAAGAUCUGUCAUUUCGGUACGGCGGAGCUUUGCGGGGAAACUCCGAGUGAAAUCCAGGAUUCGGAUAGUGAAAUCAAGCCGAAGAAAUCACCGGAAUUGAAGAAAUGUGGAAGUAAAGGUUUGAAGUUUGAAGGUACGAGAGGAUAUAUGGCGCCGGAGUUUCAGUGGACGGGAAUGGCGACGGUGAAGAGUGACGUGUAUGCUUUUGGGGUGGUGGUUUUGGAGUUGAUUUCCGGGAAGGAGGCAGUGAAGUACGAAUUUGAUGAGGAGACUGGUGGAUAUGUUAGGGUUUCGGUGAUCGAGACGGCGGUGAAAGCGUCGGAGGACGGCGGUGUAGGGGUGAGGGGGUGGGUGGAUAAGCGGUUGAAGGAUUCGUACCCGGUGGAGGUGGCGGAGAAAUUGGUUCGGAUCGGGUUGGAAUGUGUGGAGACUAACCCGAAUAACAGGCCGGAUAUGGGUCGGGUUGCGGGUCGGGUUUCUCAAAUGUAUUUGGAAUCAAAGACUUGGGCCGAGAAGUUUGCUCCGCUUACUGACUUUACUGUUUCUUUAGCACCUCGUUGAUUAUUUUUAGUAUUUUUUUUCCAAUUUUUUCUAAUACAAAUUUUGGGAUUAAUCAUACAUUUUGUAAAUGAAACAUAGAAUUUUUAGAAAAAUUAUAGUGUAAA